ACCGCGUGUACAGUUUUUAUAUUCAAAGUCUCGCAUUUGAUUUUCACAGCGUGAGAUUUCGGUGAAAAUAAUAAAUAAAUAAACGAACAUAAAAUUGACCCAUUCAAAUUUAUACAUCGCAAUUAUUUUGCAAAAAAAAAAAAAAUAAAUAAGAAAAAAGCCACAAUUUAAAUUCAUAAAAUAUUAAAAAUAAUUCAAGUGAUCGCACAUCAAAAGAUUUUCUUGUUCAUUUUUUAUUUUAAUCAGUGAAGUGCAUUUUAUUAUUUUUUUUUUUUUAUUUUGAUCCUUCAAAAUUGUGACAAUUAUUUUAUUUUUUUCCUCCAGUGUUAUAAAUGUUAAUGUGUUAAGUGCAUAUAUUUAUUUAAUUUAUUUCGUCUAUAUAUUUGUAUAUUUAUACAUAUUUUUUUUUCUAAAUGAAAACGUGUCAAUAUCCCAAGAGUGCUUUAAAUCUAACGAGUAUCGUAUAGUUAGUGGUUAGUGUUGGCCAGUGAUUGCGGUUAAAAUUUUAGUUUCAAUAAAUUGAAGCAAAAAAAAAAACAAAAAAAAUUUUUUUUUUCAUUUCAUUGCAAUUUAUUUUUACAUGAGUGAGUUCCAGUUUAUCAAGUGAAUUUAGUUCAUAGUAAUAAUUAAGGAUAUAAAAUUUUCAUACCUUAAAAUAAUAACCCAUUAGAAUUUGAAAAAAAAAAAAAAAAAAAAAAUCAUUGUUAUCUUUUUUUUUUUUGUUAAAUAUUGAGUGAUAAAAAAUGAAUUGUCACGUGAUAGUGUUGUGUUUCUCACUAUCUGGAUAUAGAGGAUCAAUGUCAGGCCAGACGGCAUGAAGAAAAAUUUUUUAACGUAAUGAUGCAGAGGGCGGUGCUACUAAUCUGCUGGCUGCCGCUCCUCAACCACUGCAACGCUGUUAAUCCAGGCUGCUCGUGUGUCGUAUAUAGCAGCACAUACAGCCCGCAAGGGGGUAGCUUUAUGUCACCUGAUUUUCCGAAGCGAUACCCAGCGAACAUUGAUUGUCUGCUCUACACGUUCGUAGGCCAGCCUGACGAAAUUGUCGAGCUCACCUUUCAUCAGUUCAAUUUACGGCGUAUCGACGACGACUGCUCGAAAGGUGAUUAUCUCAAAGUCUUCCUACAUCUCGAGGGUAUAGGAGUUUCUGAGUACACGCCCUGGUCUGGUUUACUUUGCGGAAGUUUAAAAAACAUUCCUCAAGUCUUGUACAGUGCUAGAUCUACUCUUAUCCUCGAGUUACAUACUGGUAGGGAACAAACCACCAACUCAACUGGCUUUUCCGGCACGUUUCGUUACAUAGACCGACGUUUAUUCAGAACAAGUGGUCAACUGUUGCCUGGGACAAUGUGCGAUCAUCAGUUCAUAAGUUCACAAAUAUCUAAACAACAUGGGCGUUUUUACUCUCCGCAUUAUCCAUCGUCAUAUCCAAAAAAUGUUCGAUGUACAUAUUUAUUCCGAGCAAGAUUAAAAGAACGUAUUCGUGUGGUCUUUGAAGAAGUAUCAUUACAAAAAGGUGACUUGAGUUGUUUGAAUAAGGCGGACUUGAUCAGAAUUCACGAUGGCACCCAUUCUCAAGCACCGACAAUAGCUGUCCUGUGUAACGAAGCAACGGAAAUAGAGGUGCUGAGUACUGGGCCAAACCUUUAUAUCGAGUUUGUCGCUAAUUCUGAAUGGCCUGGUCAAGGUUUCAAAGCUGCGUUCCAAUUUCAACCGAUUGACGAUAAUGUAAAUUCAGAGCUAGACAAGACUGUCCCAGGGGCCGUUACGAGCAACCCUAGGUACUCGGUCAUCGGACCUGCUGUCAGUGCUACUACAUCGUCCUGCGAUAUGGUAUUCAGCAGUGAUAAUACGAAGACAGGUAUCGUUACAUCACCGGGUUAUCCAAAUCCAUAUCCACCGCGAUCAACUUGCAGCUACGAUUUUCAUGGACGUGGCAAAGAACGAGUUCAAAUUAUUUUUCAAGAUUUUAAUUUAAUUGACGCACCGGGUGAUUCUAAAGGGUGCGAUAAUGUGGAUUCUUUGGUGGCAUAUGUCCUCAUUGAUGGUAAAAUGGAGAAAAUCGAUGCAUUUUGUGGUACAACACCACGACCAUUAAUGAGUAAUGGCGCCCGGCUUUUAUUAGAAUUCCAUGGAGUUCAAUCAUCGCGACAAGCAAGAGGUUUUAAAGCCAUAUAUUCAUUUACUGAGAACUUUGGAAUAACAACUGGUCGACAAGAAUCCAGUUUUCCAUGCGCAUUUGUAUUCAACAGUAAUGAAACACGAAAUGGUACAUUUGCAUCACCAAAUUAUCCAGGAUUUUAUCCACGUGAUACAGAAUGCCAUUAUUUUUUUAAUGCUCAGCCGACGGAAAAAGUACACCUACAUUUUCAUUAUUUUGACGUUGAAGGAGUAUUACCUUGCGAAGCAGUGUCAGCAAGUGAUUACGUUGAAUUUUCAAACUAUAUGACACGCGAUCGGAAGCACUCGCGACAUUGUGGCCAACUGAAGGAGUUCGACGUCAAAAGCGACCGGAAGUUCUUUCGGGUGACAUUCAAAAGUAACGAUCGACUGGACGGGACAGGCUUCAAUGCCAGCUAUGUCUUCUUCGACGAAGAAGAUAAUUAUACGAUGAAGACACCUCUUAAUGGAUCCACUUCCACGGCGGCAACGGCAGUAAUACUAGGAUUAUAUAUUAUAUUUAUAUUUAGUAUCACCAAUAAAUUCUACUAGUUUCAGUACUUGCAUUAAUUUAAUGAAUAAAUAAAUUUACAAACUGAAUAAAUGAGUAAAUAAUAAUAAUAAUAAUAGUAAUAAUAUUAUUAAUAAUAAUAAUAAUAAUAAUAAUAAUAAUAAUAAUAAUAAUAAUAAUAAUAAUAAUAAUAAUAUAAAAUGUGAGAUAAAAAAGACUUAAAUUUCUAUUCUUGUUCUCUACACAUUACACUGAUAUAUUAUUAACAACGAACCUUAAAAGGUGAACGCGUGCGUAUGUAUAUAUAUACAUAUAUACAUAUAUUAAUCAGUACUUCUCAAGUCCUCGUGAUAAUAUCCUUUGUACUCCCGAUGCUUAUAACUUUACGGAAUAUUGGAAGGAUCAUCAACAAUUUAUGACAAGAUAAUUACCAACUAAUUGACAAAGUGUUGAAGUGGUAAAGGAAUACAGUGAUAAUGACAAUCUAAGCUCUCGUCUUAGUAGCAAUUAUGAACUUCGAUGUUUAAUUAAUUAGAAAAUUUAUAAUUCUUAAAUUAAUAUUAACAAAGUCAUUAUUUUAAAUAUUUUAUAAUCUAUUUUUUUUUUUACUUGUAAUUUUAAGUAAAAUAACAAUAAUUACGCGACUCUUAUAGGUAAUCCUUUUCUGAGUUCUAAUAUUAUGCGCAAAGUUACACGAAUAUUGUUUAAAAAAAAAUACUAUUUUUAUUUUCAGUCGUUGUUAGAAUAAAAAUGUUAAAGUAAUUAAAUUUAAAGUAAGAUAAUUGUAAGCAAUGUUAAGAAAAAAAAAUUAAAUUUAAGAGUGAUUUUUUUUCGGAUGAAUAGAAAACUAUUUUUUUGUUUUUUUGAGAACAGUUUUCACUCAUCUGUUGUUUUUUUACUAUAAGUAGUAAGUUUUUGCAAAAAUAAUUAAUCCUACCUGUGAUUAAAGACAUAAAUUUAACAAUCGCAAUUUUACAGCAUUCAUAUAAAAAGUUACAUUACAUCCACAUGAGAACUCGUGUGGUUGUCGUCUACUCUCAGCUCAUAUGACGACAUACUUAAGCCUCGUUUUCAUGAGAAUGCGACAUAACCCCAAGCGUAUAUUAUAUCGCUUCGAUUGUCGAAUAAUUAUCGUCUUAUUUCACUUGUAGCAUAAAUUGCUAUUGUUUAUUUUUGUUUGUUAUCUAGUUAUAAGCAUGUAGUUACUUGUUUAAUAGAAAAUUAUAUUUAUUAUAUUCUCUGGUUACUGAAAUAUAAAAAAUGAAUUUAUGGUUUAAUCAUAAAUUAGAGGUUAAAAAAGUACAGAAAUUUAUUUUAGUAAAUGUCUAGAAGUGGAAGUCGGUAUAUGGCCUCUAAAGUUAUGUUUCAUUCUGUGUAAUACACUAUAUUUUUUAUAAUUAAUUGCAUUAAUUAUUAAAGUAUCAGUGUCAGCAGCCCGCGGAAAAAUAAAUUAGAUCUACCUCUCCGAAGAUCUGAUUUUUACAAAAAUUAGAUCUAGCAAAUUUUAAGAUCACGAUAGAUCUUAAAGUUGUCGGAUUUUUUUUUCGAGAGAUCUAUGAAGAUUUAUGAAAAUUCACGGAAAUCUUCGCAGAUCUAAAGCGACCUCGGUAGCUUUUUUAAGAAAAAUUGAUAUUCAUAAUUUCUCGAUCUGUGUAGAUCUGCAUACAUCUAAAUAGAUCUUCACCCUAUUCGAAAAUUUCCAUAGAAUUCACUCAAAGGGGUCAAAAACCGCAUAAAAUUAGAUGGACUUGUAUUGAUUGCUAUGCGGUUUUUCGCCCACUUGAGUGGAUUCUAUGGAACUUUUGGAUAGGCCAUUGAUAUUGUAAAAUUUUCAAAGACCUGCUGAUAAUCAAUUGUAUAGAUCUUUUGAAAUAACCAUAGAUCUGAGAUCAUUUAAAAUUCGAGGUUAUUGAAGAUCUUUAGAGAUCACCGUAAGUAUAAACUAUAAAAUCGUUGACAGUCUGCCGAAAUCAUUAGAUCUUAAUUAUUUUUUCCGGCUAGCCAGCAGAAUCAAGUUAAUUUAAUGGUUAUGAUACUCUCAGAAAGUAGUUCGCCGUCGGGAAUUGUCGGAAAUAUUCGGUUUGGAGGUUAAUGUGUAGAAACGGCGUGAGAUUAGACUUGUUUUCUAAUAGUGGGGGUAAAAACCGGCGGAGACUUACUCUCUGAGAGAACUUUAAAGAAAUUUCACAGCCUAAAUAGCCAAAGCUUCUAGACUAUUACGAAAAUAAAUUCUUCCAAGUUAACAACUGUAUAUGUGAAUAAAUAAUAAUUUAAUAAUAAAUGAAAAGAAACAAAUAAUUCAAUAUAAAAUACAAGGGACUUGAAAACUUAACAUUCUACUUUAUUGUAUAGAAGAAUAUGUAAUUUAUUACGAAAUAAUAAUAACUAUCAAAUAAAAAUAGUUAAUUUAAUAAUAAUAAUAAUAAUUAUAAUAAUAAUAAUAAUAAUAAUAAUAAUAAUAAUAAUAAUAAUAAUAAUAAUAAUAAUAAUAAUAAUAAUAAUAAUAAUAAUAAUAAUAAUAAU